UGGAGUCUGAACCAUUGCAAGGAAGAGAUGAAGAUGCAGUAGCCAGUGCUGACUUUUCUAGCAUGCUGUCGGAGGAGGAAAAAGAAGAGUUAAAGGCAGAAUUAGUUCAGCUGGAAGACGAAAUUACAACUCUACGACAAGUUUUAUCAGCAAAAGAAAGACACCUGGUUGAGAUAAAACAAAAACUCGGCAUGAAUCUAAUGAACGAAUUGAAGCAGAACUUCAGCAAAAGCUGGCACGACAUGCAAACGACCACUGCCUACAAGAAAACACAUGAGACUCUGAGUCACGCGGGGCAGAAGGCGACAGCAGCUUUCAGCAAUGUCGGGACAGCCAUCAGCAAGAAGUUCGGAGACAUGAGACGAAAGUAGGCGGGACAAACCACAGCGGAGGCAGCUUCGAAGAGGUGCUCAGCUCCACGGCCCACGCCAGCGCGCAGAGCUCCGCCGCCGGGUCCCGGCGCCCCGAGGGGGAGGAGCUGCCGUGUUAA